AUGGCCGCUUGUUUUGCCAUGCCCGUGAGGAAUAGGAAAAGGCUGAUAGUGAAGCCCACUCUUGCCAAAAGGUGGCCUACCAACCCAAGCUUUGGUUGCUGCCCUAAGGCCUUCUAUGACACUCUGGAGAAAAGUGCCAACUACCUGGACCCUGCUUCAAACUCAUGCUCUUUGGUCCUAGGAGAGCCCUCUCAACUUCUCAAUGGUAGCUGGCCCCUACGUCAGAAUGAAAGUGAUGAUGAGGCUACCCUGGCUGCAAACUUCACCUUCUCUUACUACUACCAGCACUCCUCCCCUGUGGCAGCCAUGUUCAUCGUGGCCUAUGUGCUCAUCUUCCUCCUCUGUAUGGUGGGCAAUGCGCUGGUCUGCUUCAUCGUGCUCAAGAACCGACACAUGCGCACCGUCACCAACAUGUUCAUCCUCAACCUGGCCAUCAGUGACCUGCUGGUGGGCAUCUUUUGCAUGCCUACCACCCUGGUGGACAACCUCAUCACUGGAUGGCCCUUCGACAACGCCACGUGCAAGAUGAGCGGCUUGGUGCAGGGCAUGUCUGUGUCCGCUUCAGUUUUCACACUGGUGGCUAUUGCGGUGGAAAGGUUCCGCUGCAUCGUGCACCCGUUCCGUGAGAAGCUGACGGUGCGCAAGGCGCUGCUCUCCAUCGCGGUCAUCUGGGCCCUGGCCCUGCUCAUCAUGUGUCCGUCGGCCGCCACGCUGACCGUCACCCGCGAGGAGCGGCACUUUCUGCUGGACGCGCGCAACCGCUCCUACCCGCUCUACUCCUGCUGGGAGGCGUGGCCCGAGCAGCGCAUGCGCAAAGUCUACACCGCCGUGCUCUUCGCGCACGUCUACCUGGUGCCCAUGGCGCUCCUGGUGGUUCUGUACGCACGCAUCGCGCGCAAGCUGUGCCGGGCGCCGCCGGGCCCAGCGUGCGACGGCAGCGGUAGCGGCCGCGGCGGCGAGGAGGCGGCGGCGGCCGAGGGAGGGCGCGCGGCGCGCCGCAAGGCCCGGGUGGUGCACAUGCUGGUCAUGGUGGCGCUGUUCUUCUCGCUGUCCUGGCUGCCGCUGUGGACGUUGCUGCUGCUCAUCGACUACGCGGAGCUCAGCGAGCCGCAGCUGCACUUCAUGUCGGUGUACGCCUUCCCGCUGGCUCACUGGCUGGCCUUCUUCCACAGCAGCGCCAACCCCAUCAUCUACGGCUACUUCAACGAGAACUUCCGCCGCGGCUUCCAGGCUGCCUUCCGGGCCCAGCUCUGCCCGGCGCAGUGGGGCAGCCAUCAUCAUCAGCAGGCCUACACCGAGCGGCCCGGAGGGUUCCUGCGCAGGCGGUUCCUGGUGGAUGUGCAGCCCAGCGACUCUGGCCUGCCAUCCGAAUCGGGGCCCAGCAGUGGGGGUCCUAAGCCGAGCCGUCUCCCUCUGCGCAAUGGGCGAGUGGCCCACCAUCAGGACGUGCCCCGGAAAGGACCGCUCACCAUCCCAGCCUGGAACAUCUGAGAAGAUCCAGGGAUGGUACAGGCCGGCCUGUGGCUCCCAGUGAGUAGGAGAGCG